UUUGAAUGUAUAAUGAGUUAUUUCCAACUGAAGAUAUACAUACGUAUAAAGUGUGUGGUAGAAAUAUUAGAUAAUUUUGAAAUAGUAUGCGUGGAAUGUGAAUAUGAUAUCUACGGGUUCCGCCUCUUUGCUAUCUGCAAUUCGUGAUUUAGUCGAUCAAAAAUUGCCGAUACAGCAAAAAGAAAACUGCAGAUAAGUGGGAUUUAUUGAUAUCAAUUGAUGGUAGGAGUAGUCCUUUUGGACAAAGUGCAUGGUGUGAAAAAAAAUUAUAUUCUUUUAUAACAGAUGACUUCAAAUCUUUAUUACGAAGAUAAUAUUUGGUGCCUUUAACCUACAUCAUAAAUACUUCCAAUAUGUUUGAAAAUAUAAAUAGAGAACUGUUACCAAUAAAAGCGCAUUACUUCCUGUUUAAUGCAGCUACUGGACCUAUAGUGCCAUUUUUACCAACAAUAGCAAAACAAUUAGGUUUUUCAGGAAUCUUAGUGGGCACAAUAUAUACGAUAUUACCAGUUUCUGGUUUAGUAGCAAAACCUCUAUUUGGAGGUUUAGCCGAUAAAUUUAAAAUUCAUAAACCAUUAUUUUUACUAUUUCAAGCUGUAGUUGCUAUAGCUAUGUUUACAAUACUCUUUAUCCCUGAAAUAGAUAGAAGUGCAAAUGUUACUCUUAAUUGUCUCGGUGAAGCAUCAUUGGAAAUCUGUUCAAAAAAUGAAUUUUCUAGUGAAGUCAUACAUAGCGUGAUAUCAGAGAAAAUGCACACUAAUACCUCGUGUCAUGUAUCGUGUAAAGCCACAAAAGAUAUUUAUACAGAAUUGUGUUUACAUUGGAAAGCAUCUGAAUUUUGUAAAUUACUAAAUUCAAACAUUUCAGAUACAGACACGUUUGAUUUUAAUAUGAGAUUUGACAUCUUUCAUGAUAUCCAUAUAGGUAAAUGUAUAUAUAUACAUAAUUUUACUGCCAUGUUCUCAAAUGAUGAAGCGUAUAAACCGCAUUGUGCAAAUUAUGUAAAAACGUUCUGUAAAACCAUAUGUCAUAACAAUCCAGCAUUUAAUCAAUUGUUGGAAGAAGCUGAAGUUUCACAAAACUCCACCCAAACUUCAUCUUAUCAGUUUCAGUCAUUUUUAUGGGCAACUAUAAUAAGUUGGAUUGGAAUGGCAGUUGUAGUUAGCAUAGCAGAUGCUAUAUGUUUUAAUCUCCUUGGAAAUGAUAGAAGAAAGGAAUAUGGAAAGCAAAAAAUGUGGGGUAGUAUUGGAUUUGGUAUUUUUGGAAUAAGUGCAGGAUAUUUAGUAGAUGUAUUUAGCGAAGGACGGACCCAGAAAGAUUAUAGUUGUAUAUUUUAUAUAAUGUUGAUCAUGAUGAUUUUCGAUAUCAUUGUAUCAGCAACUUUAAGGAAGAAAAAUCCAGACUGCUCUGAGGAUGAGCCAUCGAUAUUCCAGGAACUAUUCACCAUCUUUAAAGAGGGUAAUGUGUUGGCAUUUGGCUGGUGGUGCAUAGGUGCUGGAAUGUGUACCAGUGUAAUAUGGAAUUUUCUAUUUUGGUACACCGAAGACUUAGCAACUGGUGUUCAAAUAACAUGGCUUAAAACUUUACAAGGCCUUUUAACUGGUAUACAAUGUUUUGUAGGAGAAUUACCUUUUAAUUUUAUCUCAGGAACUGUAUUACGAAAAUUGGGCCAUGUAAAUGUUAUGAGUUUAGUUUUAUUAAUUUAUGCAAUUAGAUUUAUGGCAUAUAGUACUGUAUCAAACCCAUGGUGGUUUUUAAUCAUCGAAGUUCUUCAUGGACCAUCGUUAGGCCUUUGCUGGCCCACAAUGGUGUCGUAUGGUGAUAAAGUAACACCACCUGGUACCAAAGCUACUAUACAAGGAUUUAUUGGUGCUGUGUUUGAAGGAAUUGGAGUGUCAUGUGGUAGUUUAAUAUGUGGAUGGUUAAUGGACACAUAUGGUGGUGUAACAACAAUGAGGGUAUUCUCAGUAGGUGCACUACUGUGGUUAACUUGCUUUUGGUUCAUUCUGUUAUUGGUGCGAAAACUGAAAGUAACGCCAUUACAUUUGGGUCAUAAUCAUUUGGUGAAUUAUGCUAAUCCGGAUGAUGCAAUUCUUUUGACAAUGAAUCGCGAAUUGCAAACAUAUUAAUAUAGGAAAAAUGACAGUUUUAUUUAAAUGUGACUAUUUCAAUCGAACAUAAUAUAGUGUAAUGUUUGUACAAUUAUUGGAUACUUUCUUACCAUAUUCGUGAAUCAUUUUUACAUUUUCUGUACUGUAGAACUCCAUUUAUCCGAACAUACGAGGGGACUGGACAGUUCUGAAAAUAGAGGCUCAUUAGCUUUAUCCUUUCCUAGUACUUAUUAGUUUCAUUAGUAGGAGCUGACGUUCAUUAUCACGUUCAAUUGUUCCUUUCUCAACAUAUAUGUACAUAUAUAUAAUUUAUUUGUAAGAGCGCAAAAGCAUGUUUGUAUACUUACAUUCAUUAUAACAAUAGGCGUUCAUGAAAACUGAGAACUUCGCUGAAUCAUAGUUCGGAGAUUAGAACACUGCUAUGAUUUCGUAUAUUUCGUAUACGAAGCACAAACUCGUUCGAGUAAACGGAGUUCUACUGUAAUGUUGUUUUAUAAAUAAUUGUUGAUUAUUCAGUAUUAUGUGGUAGCUGUAACGCUUAUAGUAUUCAACAAUAUAAUGAUUUUUUUCUAGAGUGAAGCAAUUGUUUCAUUUUCUUCAGUUUUUAUUAACAGAUAAAAUAUAAAUAAUAAAUGAAAUAAUUGGCAGAUACAGAAGGAGAAUUAUGUGAGGGUAUGUUCAGUUGAGACUUAUAGAAUUGCUCACAAAAUAUCUCAACCAUUUAUUCAUUGUGAAUUCAUUUCUUAAGUUUGAAAUCAUAUCAUGCUAGUAAUUUUAUUAAUUACCAGUAUAUUUUCAGUUAUUUAUUGAAAUCACGCAAUAAUAAUAUUUUUUUAUGAUUUCCGCAUAAUAUGUUGAUAAAAAGCUACAAAUAACUUUCUUCUGACUUAAUACCACGGCAAUAGGUAACAGUUGCACGCGUGCAAAACAGGAUAGCUGCAUACCAAAAGACACGGUGGUCAUUUUUGCGUGGCGUUAUUCUUGCUUAGGAUUUCGUCUUUGUUGAUUCUGACGAGACGGUGAAGUUGCUUGACUUGGUGCAGGCUCGACAAUGGCUUGAAGGUUAGGAAUUUCGCCUGCGGUAUCACAGCAGUCAUUCAUUAUAAUUCCAGUACUUGAAUGAAUAAAGGCAAGGCUUCCUUCGCUAGAAGAAGCUAAACUAGCUGAUAGUGGCGGGGAUCUUUCUUUAGGUGACGCCGAAGAUGCUAAAUUGUUUAGAGUGGUGGUACCGCAAGUGGCGGUUUCUAGAGUACCAUGAAGUUCAAGUAUACGCCCUUCAAGGAGAAGAUUGAUUUCAACUUGCGCUUUAUACUUUGAUUCAACAGCUUCUAAUUCAGCCUCGUGCUGAUCUUUUGUUUCUUGCAAAAGCCUUUGUAAUUCUACGAGUUGCGCUUCUUUUCGUGCAUCUUUAUUCUCUAGUUCACUUAGACGUACUUUUAAGGCUUCUAUAAGAGAUGUUCGUGAUUCCACUUGUCGCCGCAAAUCUAAGAAACGUUAAUAUGUAUCUAAAGUGAUUCUUUCUUUCUUUAUCAUGGUUGUUAACAAAUAAUUCAAACAUACUUACUAGUCAAUUCUUCUGCGUAUGACUUCUGUAUUUGCGUUGCUUCUUGCUUGGUCAUGGGUGAAAGACCAUCUGUGCUCUCUUUCAAUUUUAAUUGUGCCUAUGCAAAAAGGAAUUUGAUAUUUGAAAUAUUCAAAGUUACAUGAAGAUAUUUAUGAGUAAAAUUUCAUCAAAUAUUACCUCUCCAAGUAGAAGGAACUUCUUCUGCACAGUAUCAAGGGUACGUUCUAAUUCUUUACUACGAUCAGCAGCUUUUAAAGCUACCCUUAAUUGAUGCCCUGCAUCGAACAGAGAAGCCUCUGUAGAACGAAGUCGUUGUUCACAGUCUGAUACUUUUUUUUGUUCAUUCGUUAAUUCAAGUUCAACAGAUUCCAGACGAUUUUUCAGCGUCAGAUUCUGUUGUUGUUCUUCUACACACUGUACAUUAAUUCAAUCACGUUACUGUAUGAAUUUUAAUUCACUAAUCGAUUAAUAAUAAUAAUAAAAAUCGACUUACCUUGAUUUGCCAAUGAUGUACUGUUUCUUUAUAUAUAUUCUCAAUUUUACAAGCUUCUUUCUUGUUACGUUCUAAUUCAGCCUUUAAUCCUUCUACUUCUUCUUCCAUUAUU